CGGGGAUUGGGCGGGUUGAGUCACGUGGGGUGGCUGCGGCGGUGUCACGUGACGGCGGGAGCGCCCCUCCCCGAUGCGGGGUCCCCUCCUUGCGGCCGCCGGCGCUGCCAUGGGUGGCACGGGCGGUCCCUUGGCCCGCACCAUCCGUGCCAAGCUGACCGCAGCUCUCCAACCCACCCACCUGGAGAUUCGGGAUGAUUCCCCCCUCCACGGGGGUCCCCCCGGAGCCGAGACUCAUUUCGGGGUGCUGGUGGUGAGCGGGCGUUUCGCGGGGCUGCCGCCGCUGCAGCGGCACCGCCUGGUGCACGAGGCGCUGCGGGCCGAGCUGGCCGGGCCCCUGCACGCCCUGCAGGUCACCGCCCGCACCCCCGAGCAGUGGCAGAGCGACCCCCAGAACCCCCCCGCGCCCCCCUGCCUGGGGGGGUCCAAGAGGGACAAGAGACGCGGGGCUAAGGAGGAGCAGGAGGAGGAGGCGGGGAAGCAGUGAGGGCUCUGGGAGAGC